UGGAAUCCGAACAGCGAUGAUGAGGGAUGGUGAAUAUGUGCCGGCCCUAAUUGUAAUAAUGCGAUUCGCUCUUUUGCACACAGCUCAUGUUCAUGCAAGACAUUCAGGCUUACUACUAGACUCUAACCUCGCUCUAAAAAAGCAAAGCAGCAACAAAUUACUACCCACUACACUACACUAUCAACCACCCAACGUCCAAGUCAAUAUCAAUGCCCAAAGUUCCUGAAAGAAACCCGUCUCACUCUCCACCCACAUUCUCCUCCCUCCGUUCCCUCCUCCCCCGUAUUCUCGCCCACCUCCAGCGCCUUCAGCCGGCGAAGUGUCUUUUGCUCUCCCAAUCGCUAUACGAGGAACUCUUUCCUGCUGUUUACGAACGAGUCAUCCUCGAUGAGAACAAUGUCAGCUCAUUCUUCUAUGGCUUCUUGACAGCCCCUCCUAGUUGGGAACAGGGAGGAAGAGGUGUAGGGGGGAAACGCAAAAGACUCCCAUCAUUCCCACACCUCCCUGCUCCCGAAUGGCAACUUCCGCCAAUAACAUCCCCUACCCACCAAUUUUCAAGAGGGAGAAAAUCAGUUGCUCUAGGUUAUACGACCCACAUCACCUUACUCGACCCUAUGGCUCUCUCCAUCCUCUGUGCAGCGCACGUCAAAGUCCUUGAUCUUUCACCUAUUCUCGAAACUUUUCAUUCUUCUUUAUCUUCAUCUUCUUCGUAUCCGCCACAGAUAACACCCGCAAACUCCUGGCCACUAGGCAAUGUCCAUACCCUGGAAAUCGGCUGGGACCUAAUGUACUACCUCGCCGACUCGCACUCCCCCUACCCAAUCUUCGACCCUGUGCCCAUUUGUUGUAUCCCAUUGAACGUUAGGCACCUUAUCAUCCAUCUUGGGGAUGCCCGGUGCCGCUCACGAGCAACCAGAGUCGGAGCGGAAAAGGGAGGGGGAGCAGGAGAUGGUGAAGGAUGGAAAGGAGGUGUAAAAAGGUUUUUAAAAGAAGCAAUAUACGAACUUGCUGGGGAAUGGGAAUUAGAUACCUUGGAGUUGGUCAUACCUCCCAGAGAAGUGGAAGGGGUGUAUAUACCGGUGUUCGAUGGGGAAGAUGAGGAAGAGGGAAAGUAUCCACCACCAGCCAAAAAAGUCGUCAUCAACUUUUCACAUCUAUCUCAACCAGGAACCCCGUAUGAGCAAGCAAAAAGAGUGAGAGCAUAUUUGGAAGAAGCAGGAGAAGACGGAUUCAGAGUGGAGUUCAAACUCAAAAAUGCACUAGAAGUCCGGCGAGUUGUUGGAGAUGUAGGUGUAGAUGUGAAAGGAUUCACAUUUGUUGAAGGAUAAAUAUUCAAUAGCAUAUAGCAGAUCAUAGAAAUGUGAUGGAAAAAGAAGUAAAAAAUCAAAAAAUAAAAACAUUUCUUGACAUC